AUGGAUAAAUCCAGGUCCAGUGCCUACGACAAGUUCGUGGGCUACGUGGAACAGCUGCGCAAUACGGAAUGCAGUCAAAAGCAGAAGAUAACAUGCUUCCAGCAGAUUGCAGAGUGCAUCAUGUCGGCUUCGCUGGCGGGACACAUCAACUAUGCCGCCCACUGUGGCACGGCCAUGAAUGUCCUGCUGCUCUUCUGCGAGGAUGUGGAUUCCGUGGUCCGAAUGAGUGCCGAGGAGAACCUCAACAAGAUCCUCAGGGCACUGGAAAAAACCCGGGUCAGUCGCAUCCUCAUGGAUCUCUACGGCGAGAUCAAGCGGAAUGGUAAUCAGAGAUCCUUGAGAAUUUGCUUGAACCUAUUCUCUUACUAUGCCCCGCAAAUAAAGGAGAAGCACAUCAAGUGGUAUGCAGUGAGAUUGCUCCAAUGCAUGACCACCAUUUCCCAACGCAGGGAGACACUGCUCCAGGAGACCCUCUGCGAUUUCGUCAAGCACUUCGGUCGUUAUAUACAACAGGGUCUCAGCGAUAGCGAAUCCUGCAAGCUCUUUGAGACAUUUCUGGACAAUAUUAGCUCCGACUGUGCCGUGAAGCGUCGUUGCUCGGCCCAAAAUUGCAUCAGCCUUAUUGAGCAUGCACGCAAUAGGAGCCUCAUGGCCAGACAUGGAGUCAACAAAGUGAUGGAACUCCUGCUGACGGAUCAGCAAACGAGCAGCGUGCUGGGAGCCUUGGGUCUGCUGCGCCUCCUGUUGCCGCAACUCAUACGAGGCCACUCGGCCGAUGGCCACGAGGAUUCCGAGUCCUUGGCCGGCAAGAGGCAGCAGCACCAGCAGCAGACAACGACCUCCGACUGCCGGCAAAUUAUUGAAAUUUAUGAUUAUUGUUUGCACCUGCUGAGCACGCAGCACACCGCGAAUCACGCCAUCAUAAAUGCCACCCUGGAGGUCAUCAACGGCAUACUCCAGUUCCUGGACGCCCCAACCAACGAUGGCCAAUGUAGCCAGAGUCUGGGCCAAAGUUUGCGCCAACUGUUGUGCAAUCAACAACUGCAGCACAAUGAGUAUUUGCGGCGAAGGAAAUCAUUAAAGAAUCAAAUAUUCCAAUUGAAAAAUUACGAAGUGGCGACAAGUCAACAGCAGCUCGAGGAUGAUGAUGAGGACGAGGAUGUGGAUGUGGAUGGGCCGGCGGUUGGGGCCACUGCAGUGCAAAUGAAAAAGAAUUCAAAUGCAAAACUGCAGCAGGCGAAGUGUCAACAGCAGCGGCAACAACAGCGACUCGAGGUUGACAACAGCUCGCUGGGAAUUAAUGCCGGGGAAGAUGCCACGACCGAGGCUCCAAGUUCCGUUGCUGAUGAAGGGGGAUCCAUGGAGGCAGCGAAGCAGCGCUGCCACAUUAGGAAUGCCGCACGCAGCAUCAGCGAAUGCGUUGCCUCGGAUGAGGACAAGCAGGGGCAAGGACACCGGCGACGGCAGGACGAGGAUGAUGAUAGGAGGGCAGUGGCAGCAGCGGGAGAGGAGCAAGAUGAUGAUGAUGAUGAUGACGACGACAUGGAGCUGCUGAGUGCCGAGUGUGAUGACUUUACAACCCUGUCGCAACUAAAUGAACAACAACAGGCGCUGUCAGCGGCAUUGCAAUUGCCCGCAACAACAGCAACAUCGCAGGACGAUAAACUGAUUGAUGUUGAUGCCGAUGUCGGGGGGCUGCCUAAACCGCAGCAUCAGUCAUCUCUGCAGAAUCUGCUCGCCGGCAGCGAUGACAAAUCCCAGCAUUUGAGUGACAUCGACAAUGAAUCUUUCAACAGCAUCGAUUUCGAAGCCGAAAUCACAAUUGCCGGCAGCAAAGAGCCGCAUCAGCAGCAGCAGCAGCAACAUCCUCCGGCGGAUGAUUCGGUGGAAUCCGGCGAUGCAACAGCAAUUGGCACAUUCUUCAACAAUCUGCUGUCGCAUUCCAAUGCAGCCUCGGAGUCGGUCAGUAAGCUCUUUCGUCAAUCAAGCGGCUCUAAGUCCACGCCCUCCAAGUCGACGCCCGCCGACAAAUCGGAUGCCAUCUCGACGGCCUCGCUCACGCUAUCGCUCACCUCCUUGGCCAGCAGCAGCAACACGGAGCCGCCGGAGCGACAGCCCUCAAUUGCGGAGACGCCCACGCCGCUGGAGGACUCUUGCUCGAUGACUGCCUCCCACACGGCCUCCACCGCCCUCAUGAUGGAUCCACCGGCCGUAGAUGUGGCAGCUUCUAAGCCCGAAACACCGCAGUUGCGAAGCACGCCCAACGCUAAUCCCUUUCUAGUGGAGAACUCGCCGCUACGGCAGACUGUUGUCGGUCGUGCCCAGAUCACCGUGAAAAUUGGCAGCAUCCUGGAGCAGUCGUUGGUCUACUAUACGGCUCGUUUGGUGGCAGCUCGAUUCCUGCUCAGUGGACAGGCGGCGGGAUUACAGCCCGAUAGCAUCAGUAGAGUAUCCAUUAAGAGUCUCUCCUUGGCCGUGAUUGCGCAAUGUGUACGCUUGGCUCCCAGGGUUCUUCAACUCAGCGUGGAGAUCAGCGAUCGGGAACUGCAGCUGCUGGAGGAGGACGUAUCCCGGGACAGCACUCAGGUGUCCAGUCCUCAGAGCAGCGACAAUUCACAAGUGGGCGGAGAGAAGGCUUCGAUGGAUAGUAGCCUGAUUCAAACCGAUCUGGAGGAUAACCUGCUCCUGGACAUCAAAGACGACCACUUUGGCCCCAGCACCUGUCCAGCUUACCUGCAGCCGGCUAUGCCCACGCUGAGUCGCAGUGCAGAUGCUUCGGUUCUUCUGCUUAGUGGAUCCUCUUCCUCUCAUCCUGCAAAAAAUUGCGCAGGAAGAGAAACUCUCAAGUCCGAGAUCAUUGGCAGCUCAUUCAAACCCACAGUGGCAGCUGAGGAUGUGCCACCGUUGAGCCUGCCGCCACGUCCACCCAAGCGCACAAAGUCUACGCGCAGUCGCUCAGGAGUUCUGGGAUUAAUUUCCACCUCUGGGACGCCUCCAACUCCUCAAGGCUGCCAGGCACUUUCGGAUCUGCUCUUCCAUGACCACACCGAUCCCAUUUUGCGUGGUGGAGUGCAGCAAGUUGUGGGUUACUUCCUGCAAUCCAGUGGAGCUGGACUGUUUCUGGAACUGAAACGUAAUCUUGGUCUGCAACACUUGCUGGCCAUUUUGUUGAAGGGCUUUGAGGACGAGAUCCACACAGUGGUUAUACAAGCGUUGAAUGCAUUCGAUAAGAUAUUUCCGCAUGUGGUGUCCAAAUAUUUGACAGAGCCGCCAUGUCAUUAUCAUGCUCAUCAGCAGCAGCAGCAGAAGCAGCAGCAGCAACAGAAGGAGCAGCAAGACCAGGAGAAGGACAACCAGGAGAGGGACCUGCAACGACAUUCAAGUGGACAACAAAAGCGUCCGGGCCAGGCGCAAACAUUUGGCCAACAAACUUUUGCAAAGGACCAGGAUAAUGCCUUAAGCAGUCAACGGCUGCAACAAAGGCGUCCUAACGAUGCCGGGACAUGUGCCAAGUCCUCGGCCACUGAUAAUGAUGAGCUACUGGCUGUUCUUUUGAAUGAUUUCCAAUUGCAAUCGACUGGGGUGCAGCAGCAGCAGGAGCAGGAGCAGCACACUGGGCAGUUGGGUAAUGAGCCCGAUCUCGAUACCAAGUCCAAGCCCAAGCCCCAAUACCGAACUGGUUGACCCUUCUGUGUGUUUGCCAUCUCACCCAAAUUGCUCUUGAGCAAACUCCGGCUCUGCCAUCACAAUAAAUAUUGGCUGGUCCAGAAUAAAUACGCCGAAGUUAUUUCGAAUUUAAAUUACGUGCUGCUGCGGUCGUACUACGCAAAUUCUCGUUGUACCAUCAUCGACAACAAAAACAGCGGCGCCAAGGAGCAGGACUCGAGGCGGCCGUCAAGGGAUGCCUGCGAUUCUGGCCGGGAUGCGGAGGGCGAGGACAUUGUCUGCACUUAUGAGGCGCAAUUUCUGGCUGAACUUUUACAUCUGCUCGGCGACGAUGAUGCGCGGGUGCGGGAACACGCCGCCUGCUGUCUCUGCCGCUUUAUAAUGCAAACGGCGCGCCAGGAUCCAUCGAAGGAGGCGAGGGAUGAGGGCACUGGAGGAGCAGGAGAUGGUGGCGGAGGCGAAAUCGAAGGCAAUGGCAAUGGCAAUAGCAACGUCAACGUGGAAACUCAACAAACUAAUUUCAAUUUGCUGUGGGAUUUUUUCGACUAUCGCAUAUUUGGCAGCAUGUCCGUGACGUUGCGUAAUUUAUUCCGGGCCAGUUCGACGAUUGUGCCGCCUCUGGCUGAAUUGGAUGCAAUGGCCUUCUCCUCCUCCGCCUGUGCCUCCGCCUCAAUCUAUCCAGAAACGGGCAGCACGUCCAGCUCCUCAGCAUCGGCAUCUGCCUCAUCCGGAUCCAUAGCGGCAGUCUCCGCGGCGUCGGCCUACUUCGAGGCAAGUUACGGCAUCGGCAUCGCCGAGGGGCAUGUUUUUGCCCUGGCAUCGGCAUCCCAACGUCAAAUCGCGCAGGAGGAAAAAGUUUUGGCCAAAGUUUUGUAUCGCUUGACAAAUAAAUUGAUGACGCUGAAUGAUAAAAAUGUGCAGUUUGGCAUAAUUUACGCGCUGCGCCUCCUGCUGAGGCACUUCAAUUUCGUGGACUAUCAACAGGCCUGGCUGGAAUUCAAUUUCGUUGAAAUUUGCAUUAGCUAUGCCUACUACAACAAUGCAACAGCUGCGGACCUCGGCUGCCAGAACGAUUUGAUUGAUGUGAUGGGCAAAUUAAUGGCAGGUGCCAUGCUGAGCUCAGGUGAGCCAAGUGCCCCCCAUCUGGACUUUCUGCUGCGUCACAGCGUCAAGAUGCUGAACAUCUACUAUCACCUGGUCACCAAUCAGCGCCACCCACCGCCAACCAGUUCCCAUUCCGGGAGCAGCAGCAGCAGCGGCAGCUCCAAGCCGCCCAAGAGCGAGCUCUUUGCCCGCGAACAGCCAGCGGCAUCCCUUCAGGCUCUGGGUUACUUUGCCGGCGAUUACGUUUACAUGAAACUUUACAACAUUUUAAGAGGUGCUAAUGACAGCUACAAGAUAACCAUAAAUCACGAGGCCGGCAGCUUAUUAAUUUGUCUCCUGAAAACCUGCCUCAAUGCGUUGGGCCUGUGUCUGGAGGGCUUGGUGAGUGCCUCGCCCCCGGAGCUGAAAUUAAUCGAAGAAAUACUCCACUAUUUGACCAAGCUCAUAAAUUAUGCGCCCGCCGAGUGCGUUGCAUGUCUGCGGCAACUGUUGAAAUAUUUAUUCGCCCAAAAUUAUGCCAGCCAAGUGCGGCUGCAGCCAUCGACCAUCGGUGGACCUGGCUACCAUGCCGCCUUUAUACGUCCCUACUUUAGGGCCAAGGGCAGGGGUCACGGCGCCGGCUCAACAUUGUUGCCAACAAUAAAUUCAAAACCGGUGGAGGGACAGGAGCACCAAAGAGGAGCAGGAGCUGGGCAACCAAUUGAUACUGCCCCACUCCAGGCAAUGGGUUUGCUCUUUGAGCAGGGCCUGCAGCCGACCACUCCACCGACGGGCGAAUGCGGCCGGCUUAUAAAGCUAUUCGAGCCGCUGGUCAUAUACUGUCUGACGCUCUUCAUGAAAUCCAAUGCGCUGGUUCAGGCACCCAUACUGCGAUUGCUCUCCCAACUGCUGGAGCUAAAUGUAACCUAUAGUAUACUGGACUCCAAGAAUGUAAUAUUCGACCAGAUACUGAGCAACAUGGAUCUGAUUGAAAGUGGAAUAGAUAGGAACGCCUUCAUCAUUGUCCCGCCCAUGCUCAGAUUCCUUGUGCAGCUAACCCAUAAGAGCGACCGACAACUGAUCACCAUACCCAAGAUCAUCAGCAUUACCAACAAUCUGCUGGCCAACGGAUCUGUGCGCGAGGUGGCUUUGCUAGCCCUCAAGACCCUCAGCUACGAGCUGUUCUUCAUGCACAGCCAGCUGGAGGAGGCACUGGACACGGAGGGCCAUAACUCAGGUCGAGCGGCGUGCCAGAGUCCUUUGAGUGCGGCCCCCACACCGGAAACUCGAGAGGCAUUGCUGGCGCAGCGACGCGAACUGGACACCCAACGGGAAGUGGUGCUGGGCAUGCUGGAGAAAUUCAUCGAGGCACGACCGAGUCAACAGGUCCUGGCCCUCCUCCUGCUCUUCGAGCGGAGUGUUCAGCAACUGGACACGCCACCAUACCACCGAAGUGCCCAGGAUGCGGACGCCGUGUACGGGAUGCUGUGUCGUGGCUUGUGCUCGCGCCAGUGGCGACUCCACUCCGCCGGAGAUCUGCGGCUCCUGGAGAGCUGUUUCCGCAACAACGGCAACCAUGUGCUGGCCGACAGCAAGGGAUUCCUGCAGCUGCUGCAGCUUUUCAUCGAGCAGGGCGUCGGGAACUUUGGUGAUUUAGCUCUGGCCAUGGUUAUGCUUGCCAACGUAAUACUAAAAACCGAGGAAAUUUAUCUGGUGAAUCACAUAAAACUUUAUUUGAAAAAUAAUCCCACGGCCGAGCGUCGUCUGCAGGCCAUGAUGCCCAGCUCAUCAUCGGCGGCUCCACAUUGGCAGGACGAGGCUCCUUCGACGUCUUCGGCGGCUGCAGCUGCCAGAGCGGCCGCCACCGCUUCCUCCUCCAAGGGAUCGACCAUCAGCGAAAUUAACUAUUUUGCCAAAGUUCUUAGCGAGAAGCUACUUGCCUGUUUGGAUGCAAUACUGGGCCUGGAUACCGGCUCCUCCUGCUCCUCCUCCGUGGGCCACGCCUACUGCCAGCUAGCCGGGCGCUUCGUGGACGCCCUGCUCAACGUCUGUUGCCGCUCGCGACACAAGGAUGCACUUCAAUCGGUUUUCCGUUUGGUUUUGGCCGAGUCUGAAUUUCUCUGCAAAUACUAUAGCCUGCUGUUGAUGAGUGCCGCGGGCCAGGGAGGAUCCGGCUCACUGGAUGCCGUGUUGCUCGCCUGCCUGAGGCUGGUGCUGUCCAUGCGGCUGGAGGAGCCGGUGGCCCUCAUGGAGCAGGCCGCCCAGCUGCCGCUGAAACGAAACUUGCAGCGGGCGUUGCUAGGCGAAGUUUGUCGUGCAAAUGUGGGCUGCGAUUGGAGUGCGCAACAAGUGCGCCGCUUGUUCGACGGCAGGUAUCUGAAUUUCCUAAUUGCUGACCACUUGGAAUUCCUUUGCGAGCUAUGCCAAGAGCGUCCCGAGUGCGGCUCAUUACUGCAGGUGGCCUUGUUCCGGAAUGCCCAUCGAUUGAGCAGGCAAUCCAUUCGCAUCGUCCUUCGGCUAUUGGGACGUCUUUGUGAGACCGCUGAGCGGGAGGCCUCUGGAGAUGCUGGCAGCGAUGCGGAUCCCACACUGCAGGCCCUGCAACUGCUGAGUCGCCUGCACCAGCUGCACGAGGGGGAACGCUCGCUACAACUGCCCAUGGAGCGGUUGGCACGACGACUGAGCGCCCAGAGCAGCCCGGCCGCCAGGAACUCCAUCUACGAAAGGCUGGUCGAGGGAGAUCUGGCCGGCGGAGAGGACCAGGACGCCCUGCGAACCCUGCUACUGAAGGACUUGGAGUGCCGCCAGGACAAUGAGACUGCAACGCCGUCGCGCAUAAUUGAUGAGAGCUGGCUCUUUGCUCAGCUAAUCAAAUUCGCCACCCAGCAUGCAGAUGCUCCGCAGCAGCAGAAGCAACUAAUGCUGCUGCUCCUGGAGAUCCAGUCAGAGCCCAAGCUGCAGCGCCUGCUCCGGAGUCUGGGCGCCGAACAGGAGGCGAGGCUGUUGCGCCACGCCAUCUCCGGUUCACUGGCCGCCAUGAUGUCCGCCUUCCGGCAGAAGUGCAUCCAACAUGCACCGCACAUCAACUACAUCCAACCGCCGCCGCUGGCUCGUGUAUCCUGCUCCCUGCUCCUGGCAAAGGUGGCCUCCAUUGAGGCCACACAACAUCGGGCACCGCCCACCGGAGAGCAACUCGAUGUGGCCCGUGCGGUGGCCACACUGAUGGCCUGCAUUCGGAAUGUGGAGCAAACAGCACUCAUCUACAUUGAUGCCCGGCUGAUGGAGAAGUUCGUGGUCGAGCACCUGCUGCGCCCCGAGCAUCUGCCGCAGUUGCUGGCCUACCUGGGCUGGCUGGCCGGUACGGCCAAACAGAUUUUGGCCAAGCCAACACCACAGGAGUCGGAACAAGACGCUCUGGGCGUUUUGCUUGCGACCGUGGAUGCUCUCCUGCAGCAGCCACGCGUUUGGAGGGAGCUUAACUCCAGCCCGGAUCCCGGACUGCGAUGCGAAUUGCUCGACCUGCUGGACUCGGUGGCCCGGUGCAUUCUGCAGGACACAAUUUUCUAUCGACGUCACCGAACGGACAGAAAGAAGGCCAAGGGACCGGCACCGCAGGCGAUUUUCCUGGCCAAAUUGAUUGAAACGCAAAUUGAAAUCGAGUCUCUGGACAGCGGCAGGGUCUUCUUGGCAGGCGCCGAGGAUGCUCGACUGCAGUUCGCAGGACAGGACCUGGCCCGCUUCCAAGUGGCAUUGUCGCUGGUGGCAUCCAUCGGCAUCUCGCUGCUGCGAACGCACCAGUUUUAUGCCUACGCGGUCACUCCGCACGAGCUCAUCAGGCAGCCAGAGGAGCAGCUGCAGCAGCAGAAGCAACAGGCCGAUGGCAAGCUGCCCUCCAUUCCUGUGGACAGCCUGAGCGAUGUGGAUAUCCUGCGUCAAUUUGUCAAGAGGCUCUCCAUCUUUGGAUUCACCACCCGGCAGCAGUUCGAGGAGUACUUCAUGACCUGCCUGCUGCUGAUCAAUAAGCAGUACGAUGAGCACAUGGUCGAUCAGCAGGAGCAGUUCCAGAUCAAGCAGGUCUGCCUCCAGGCCAUCCUCGAACUUUUAAUGACGUACAAAACUUUUCCCAUUGUGGGCCAAACCAACGGACAGUUCCAUCACACGACUCGCUGGCACCGCAUCACUUGUGACAGCAUUAGCCUGAAGAAACUGCACAAGGUUCAGUUGCUGGUGGAUGCGUGCAAUGUCUUCUAUCAGCCCAAUCUCGAGCGGCAGCUGGCGGCCCAGGACAAUGUGAUUGGCACACGCACCUUUGCGGCCAAUCAGUACGAUCUCAAUUUCAGCUGGGCGCAGAUGGAGGAGCAGGCUGGCGGGGGAGUGGCAAUGGGAGUGGGCGUGGGCGUACCAGGAGGAGGAGAGCCAACCAACACGGCGGACAUUAAGCAGUCCGGCGAUGCGGAUGUGCCCGACAUGGCAAUGCGCAACUAUCGCCAUUUUACGCAGCUGUCGGGAAUUGACUUUCGCAGCAGCACGCAGCUGGUCUUUGACGUACUGCAGCAGAUGAUCGAGCUGAAUCACAUCCUGGUGCUGCCCAAUUUGGUGAAGUUCUGCGAGAUCUGCGAGAGCCGCGACCACAUCAAAUGGAUUAAGGAGCGCUGCCUUAAACUGCAGGAACAAGUGCCCAUGGACGAUACCAUUUCCCAUCAACACAUAAUCUACUUACUGUGCCGCAGCCAGGCCCUCCUGAUCCCCAGCCUGGGCGAGCUGCAGGUCCUGUGCUCCUUGAUAGGCAACGUCUACUUGAAGAGCACGCACAGCUUCAUACGCAUCGCCACGCUGCAGGGGCUGCUCUGCCUGCUGGAGUGCUGCAGCAAGACCAACACGACAAUGGGACGGCUCAGCGAGGAGUUGGCAUUGUUGCGAGCCCUAAUUGUGGGCUACAUCAAUCGUCAUGGCAUCAUUGAUGAGAGCCCCCUGCCGUUCAGCGUGGAGCACACGAAGCUGGUCUGGACGCUCAAUUACAGCCUGAUCGAGUGGACAUCGAAAUUCGUGCCGCAAUGUCAUCUGUUGUCAAAUACAAUCAUUGCGGCCAACAAUUUCCUGAAGACGACCGGCGACGAGGAGCUCUAUCUAUGCGUUCUGCAUGGCCUGGAGCGCAUGGUGGUCAAUAGCGGAGUGCCGUCUCCUGGUGGCCCACAGCCUACUGGCAAGGAGAAAACGGCGGGUGAACUGGCAGCCGGAACCGGAGGAGCCGCUGGAGGAUCCGAGGCGGCAGUUGGAGUCGUGGUCACACCGCAGAUGCGACAUAAAAUUGAAAAACUUGCACUCGAAUUGCUGAAAAUGGAAAAUGAGAAAUUUUCGAUUCCGGCAUUGAAAUUGCUUUUGUCCUGCAUGUAUGUGGGUUCUGCUGUCCAGCUGGAAAACACCGAGCUGUCGAACGGAAUCGUACAGGAUGACCCGGAGAUAAUCGCCCAGCAAAACGAUAAAGUCGAUAUACUUUUGCAUUGUAUUAAAUCAUCGACUCGAGAUGCCGCCUGGAUUUAUGGACAAGUGCUGUGCCAAAUUAUUCGUGAUUUAGUGCCACCGAAUGAAAUAUUGACGAAGGUCAUAAAGGAGUUUCUGGCCAUAAAUCAACCGCACGGCGAUGUUAUUGCCAUGAUUGUAUAUCAGGUCUUUCGGUCCGCCAUCGACUCGUCGUACCUGCAGAUGCUCCAGGACUGGCUGAUCUGCACCCUGCCAACGUUCUUGGCCCAGCCGGAGCAGCAGGGUGUCUGGGGUCUCAGCGUCAUCUUUUUAUCCGCCUCCAUAAAUCUGCAUUUGAUUAAACUAUUUCCGCUGGUGCUCGGCAUCGGGGCAUCCAGCUCGAUGGCACCAGCGGCGGCGACGGGGGCAACGGGGGCAACAGCACCGGCGAUGGCCCGAAAAUUGGGUCAACACGAAAUUGCAUUGUUCGUGACAGCUGCACAAGAUUUCCAUGCGAAAUUGAGUGGCGAGCAGAGGCAGCGUUUCCGCGAGGCCUUCAGCAGCUUCGAGCGGAAUCAAGUCUACGGCCGGAUGUUGCAGCGUCUCUGAAGCGAUACGAGAUGACAUGAUAUGGAUAAGAUACCUCCAACUAUUUAUCCUUCGUUUAAUUCCAAUCGCCGUUAAGGAGAAAAAUAUAUUCAGAUUGGGCAGCGGCUAAACUUGCCCCAAAGACAAGCGCAAGCGUGAAUAACUAAUUGCCCCGAGCUGCGGAGAAAGUUUAAACGGAUGUCCCUCUUUCACUUCUUCUUCUUCAUCUUCAACGCAACUCGCUGGCCCCAGCGUACGGAAAGUUUUUUAAUAGUUGGGGAAUACAAAAUUAAUUUAUGCUUUACAUUAUGUGUAACUAAUAUUUAAAUUAUUGCAAACGAAUGUUCGCCCCUCACUUCCUAAUCUGGUAGAAAGUUUAACGAGGCCAGCAAGGCGAGCAAAGGACCCGCAAUUAAUUCCUGCGGCUUGCCUUUCGACAAGUACCCAGGACCUAGGACCCAGGACACGGAAAUUAUGUUCUUGUCAGUUUUCUGUUUUUCGGCUAAAGUUUAUCAUUUAUUUAUUAUGACGCUGCUUGCUGGGCAAGAAAUAGAACCAGAACCUUAAACUCAACAAAUUGCUGGCUAAUUCCUAAUCAAAAUUACUCUAAAAUUCCAUUAUGCAAAGACCUAUACCCCUCAAUUGUAAUCAUAAUAAUAACCAUAUUGUUUAAUGAAAUAAAGUACGUACCAUUAAAACGA